CGUACAGUACGGCGGGGUACAGUGUGCGGGAAGCCACGGUCGCUGCGUGCGGGCAGCGGCUCCUCAGCUAUGGACCUAUUCGAGUUUGACUUCUUUAGGGACUGGGAGCUGGAGCAGCAGUGCAGCCAUUACGAGCCGGACCGCAGCGCGCUGAAGAAGAAGGAGUGGGAGAGGCGGACGCAGGAGGUACAACAAGAUGAAGAUUUCCUUUCCUCCGGCUUCAAUCUGUUCGGGGAGCCCUACAAGCAGACCAGCAAGGGCGACGCCCUGGCGAACCGCGUGCAGAACACGCUGGGGAACUACGACGAGAUGAAGGAGCUCCUGACCAGCCACUCCAACCAGAGCCAUCUGGUGGGCAUCCCCAAGAGCUGUGUACCGCAGACGCCGGUGGAGAAGGCCGAGCAGCCUGGCUUCUUCCCUGAAGGUGCGCGGGGACGCCCAGGGCCUGUCCAGGCCGCAUCCGGAUCUAUGCCUCCCCCAGGCCCCUCCUCUGCCUCCUCUACAUCAUCAUCUUCCACGCCCAAGAAAUCUCGUGCCACAGACUGGCACAGAGGGGGUGGGCAGGCGGCCCUGGGGGCCGGGCCCACUUGUGGGCGGGGCAAGCACGGGACCACCAUCCACGAGCCAGCCCCGGCUCGCCAUGAGGACCCAUUCGUUCUCCAAGGCGACAGCCACAAGGGUGACUCUAGCCCGGCGACCUCCUCCUCGCAUGGACGACGGCACGCGUCAGCAAAGGGGGCGCCGGUGGACACACCGUACAAAGAGCCCCCCCACGGCCGGUCUCCCGGGGAUGUGGAGGUGGGCCCCCACGGCGUGGGCUCCCCCGUGGCCUCCACAUCCCUGCUGCCCGGUGGCCUGGCCACGCCCACCUUCCCACAAGCCUUGCACAGCAAGCCCAGUGCGGUCCAACAGAAGCCCACAGCCUACGUGCGGCCCAUGGACGGCCAGGACCAGCUGCCCAUCGACUCGCCAGAGCUGAAGCCGCCCAUGGAGAUUGGGGAUGGCUAUGGCAAUGCCACCUUCGGGGGCCUGGCGGACAGCAAGGCAGCUGGUAACGUCACCAAGGGCAAACUGCCGAAGCUGACGCUACCGCCGCCCGGGGAGGUCAGCUUGUCCGGCGAUUCCGGCUGUGUGGAGGACAUUCUCCGGGAGAUGACCCAUUCCUGGCCCCCUCCUCUGACUGCAAUCCACACACCAGGCAAAGCGGACCAGAACAAAUUCCCCAUCCCAUCCAAGGACCCUCAACAUCUCACCUCAGGAUACAAUGGACAGAAGCGGUGUGGCAUCACCGGUAACAAGCCCCCCACCAAGGCUGUGCCUCAGAAGUCGAUGCUGGAGGACGACCUUAAAAUCAGCAGCGACGAAGACGACGGCGACCAGGCUGCAGACAAGGCCAAGCCAGGCAGUGGACCUCUGAACCUCCCCGGGCCGGCCACUCGCUCCAGUGAAGCAGGUCACUCCAGCGGUGCUUCGGGCAGCUCCAGCGAAUCAGAAAGCAGCUCUGAGUCAGACUCAGACAGCGAGAGCAGCUCCAGCGACAGCGAGGGCAACGGAGCAUCCCGGAAGGCCACACCCGAGCCGGAGCCGCCUUCUACCAACAAGUGGCAGCUUGACAAGUGGCUGAACAAGGUGAACCCGCACAGCAAGGCCCUCAUCCACAGCCAACCAGAGAGUCAUGGCCCAAGGGAUGGCCAGGCCGAAGAUGGCAAGGGGAAACCCCCGGGACCACUGCCGCCGCUGGAGACUAAGGACCGGGCGCUCCUCAGUCCUGUGCGGGACAAAGCCAAACCCCGGACAGGCCAGAAGCCACCCGAGGGCAAGAGUGCCAGGGCCAAGUCCCCAGCCAGCGGGGAACCAGUGCCACUCCGGAGGAGUACUGGGAAAAAACAGCCCCGCAAGGCAGAGCGCACCCCUAGCGUGGAGGACCCACACGGAUGGCCCAAGCCCAGUAAUCCCAGUGCUAUCGCCAAGGAGAAGGAGCCCCCGCCACCAGAGCCCACCAAAGGAAGGGGAAAGGGUGCCCCCCGGAAGGAGCCGCGGUCUACGGCCACGGCCGCCCCACCCACCACGCAGGACAAGAAGAAGCACCGGGGACCCAGCAAAAUCGUCCCCAAGUCCAAGGAGUUCAUCGAGACAGAGUCGUCCUCAUCCGAGUGCCACUCAGAUCCAGAGGAACUGGCCAAAGUGCCCCCUCCUUGCCCAGGCCCCAGUGGUCCGGGGCCCCUGAAGUCCAAGGACUGCAGCGGCAACAUCCUGAGCGUGAGCAGCCUGGCGAGUACCAGCAGCGCCUCCAUCCCGGACCCGGGGGCUACUGACCUGUUGGAUGACCCCCUCUUCUCACCCAUUCCCAUGGCACCCAACGAGCUAUUGUCUCCACUCCGAGACCUCGAUGAGGUCAAGUCCCUGUGGGUCAAGAUCGAGCUCAGCUUCCUAACCCGGGUGCCUGGCCGGGACCCCCCAGAGCCAGCCCUGACCAAGCCAGAGCCCAGGGAGCCUGUCACCAGGCACCGCCGGCAAUCGCCUGUGUCCACGCCAGUUGAAAAGCCCCCAAGCAAAUCCAAGAGAAAACACAAGUCGGAGAACUGUGAACCUAUUAGUGGGACCAAGAAGUCACGUCUGGAAUCGAGUCUCCAGCCCCCCUGCAUAUCCCCCGUACACAGCCACAAGUUCACCAGCACUAAAGACUCAUCGAAGAAGCAGCCAAGGAAGAGGGAUGAGAAGCUCCUCCCCCCACUGCUGUCGCCCCUGUCUGACGAGCCCUCCCGGCAUUUCCCACCUGGGGGGUGCGGGUCUUUCGGCCCCGAAGCCGUCCCUCCCCCAACCUCCGUGGCGGGCUCCUUCCCUCCUGGCUGCCCGUUACCCUUAUCUUCCUCCUCGUCUUCCUCUUCCUCCUCCUCAUCUUCUUCCUCACACAAGCACCGCAAAGGGGACAGCAAGGUUCCAGCCCAUUCCAAGGAAGAGGACACCCGCGGCAAGCCUUCCGGCAGUUUCCAUGGCAACGGGCAGCCCGACAUCGAGCUGUGGUCCAACCCGCCGUCGGUGUCAGCGGACCAUCCGGAGCCCAGGAGGCCCAAGCUGACAUUCAGCAACAUCCUCCACAACGCCGACUAUUACAUGCAGGAGGCCAAGCGGUUAAAGCACAAAGCCGACGCCCUGCUGGAGAAAUUCGGCAAGGCGGUAAACUACGCAGACGGCGCACUCUCGUUCAUCGAGUGCGGUAACGCGAUGGAGCGUGACCCCCUGGAGGCCAAGUCACCCUACACCAUGUACUCGGAGACGGUUGAGCUCAUCAGGUACGCCAUGAGGUUAAAGAACUUCACCAGUCACUCUGCAACCAUUGCUGAGAAGAAAUUAGCCGUCUUGUGCUACCGGUGUUUAUCCCUGCUUUACCUGAGGAUGUUUAAACUAAAGAAGGACCACGCCAUGAAGUACUCCCGCUCGCUGAUGGACUACUUCAAGUCUCUGUUUCAGAACUCCACCAAGCCGGCACAAGCACCCUCUCCUUUGGGAGCCAAUGGAAAGGGCACAGGCACGCCGUCACCUAUGUCCCUGAGCUCGUCGCCCGUGAGCUCGGUGAGCAGCGGCACAGGUCCGGGAGGCCCCUCACCCAGCGGCUGCGUCGCCAUCCCCCAGCGCAUCCACCACAUGGCGGCGAGUCACGUCAACAUCACCAACAACGUGCUGCGCAGCUACGAGCACUGGGACACGGCGGACCGGCUGACACGCGAGAGCCAAGAGUUCUUUCUGGAGCUGGACUCGGUGAUGGAGCCACUAACACAGCACAGUAGCAUGACAGACCUGGUGCGUUACAUCAGGCAGGGGCUCCACUGGUUACGUCUCGAAGCUCACUUAUUAUAGGACUCGGGCCGCCGCUGCCGCCCCCCACGUCUCCCGUCUCCAUCACUACCUCUACCAGCACGUCCAUCUCCAGCCGCCCCACCCCCACAAGGACCACCCCUCUCUGCCAGCCAAUCACAGUCCUCGGGAGGAGUCCGCAUCCUUGUGUAUAACCAUGCUGUUUUUUUUUUUGCCUAUUUUUGUUGUUUACUUUCUUGUUUUUAUUUUGUUAUUGGUCGUCUGAGGAACUUAAAGAGUCCCACUGGAUUCGAAGGAAUUUCAAGACAAAAGUGAGAAGGGCGUCUUCACUCUUAAUUUGUUUUUAACCCAAACAUUCUGUGGAAUGAUAACUGUUGGGGACAGUGGAUUGUCCCGCACUGUGACAGAAAGAUAGAGUGGGACAGUGGGGGGGCGGGGAUGGGGAGGGGGGAUAGAGUGUGUGAAGAAUUGACUCGUUGAAGCCGGACAGGUCCUUGCACGCCGUAUGGUCUCAGCGAAUUGUAUGCAGUACAGGACGUCUCAAUAGACUACGACUUUGUUUUCACUUAUCAUUAGCUACGGGACGGGUGAAAAAUGGCUUAUUUGUACACUUUGGAAAAGUCACAGUGUUUUAAUUCACUGGUUGAUGGUUUAUCGAUUCCUGGAUGUUCCAGUAGGAAGCAAUGAAGGUCAGUGGGCCACGGCUAAGUAAGAGGAGCGAUCUAGAGAGGACCUGCCAUUUCCGGCGUGUCAUUUCAAACCAGAACAUCACUCGGCCGACUUCAAAAGGGGACACGGUCUCGCGGAAAGCAGCACAUCCAUCCGUGAGAUCAGCAGCCAGGUGGAGCAUCACUUGGGGGAGGGGGGG